AAUUGUAGUAAAAUGAAAUUAAAUUUUCUGAUUGUUCUUAUCGUAGCUGCGCUGUUGGGCAUUGCAAUGGCUGCGACCAGCCAAAGCUCAGGCGGACGACCUAGUGGACCACCGCCCAGCGGUAAGCCACCAAAUGGGCCACCACCAAGCGGUAAGCCACCAAAUGGUCCACCACCAGGAGGUCGUGGUCCACCGCCUUCUAGCAACAGCACCAGCUCUGGCUAAAGGAACUCCCACCUGUGAUUAUGGACAUGGCUUUUGGACAAUGACUAAAUGGCAAAAAAAAAUAUAUAAAACUAAAUUGAUAUUUUCUUACAUACAU